AAGGUCAUGUUUCUACCAGAAAAUUGAGCUAGUAGCAUAGGUAGCAAAAUUAUGGAAUUCUGUGGUGAUGUUAAUGCUACUAAACUAUUUCAAGCUCAAUCCCACGUAUUCAAUCACAUUUUCAGUUUCAUAAACUCUCUGUCCCUUAAAUGUGCAAUUGACUUGUGCAUACCAGAUAUCAUCCAUAACUAUGCUCAACCCAUGCCACUUUCUAAACUCAUUGCUUCUCUACCAAUCCACCCCUCCAAAACCAACAGCAUCCAUCGCUUGAUGCGAAUUUUGACCCAUUCUGGAUUCUUCACUCAGCAGAAUGUCACUGAAAAUGAGCUUGAAGUGAGGUAUGAGCUAACCGAUGCAUCUAGACUACUAAUUAAGCAAAACCACCCCUUUAAUAUGACCUCUUACAUGAAUAUUGUACUUGAUCCAAUUUUAGUUGAGCCAUGGUAUCAACUCUCUGCUUGGUUCAAAAAUGAAGAUCCUACACCUUUUUACACAAAACAUGGGAUGUCAUUAUGGGAAUAUGCUGUCCAUAACCCCAAACUCGGUCACAGAUUCAACGAUGCCAUGGCUAGUGAAACUGGAUUGACUUCCAGUGCGAUCAUGGAGAAGUGUAAGGGGGUGUUCAAGGGAUUGGAGUCAUUGGUUGAUGUUGGUGGAGGCAUAGGGACUAUGGCUAAGGCUAUUGCCAAAUCAUUCCCACAACUUCAAUGCAUUGUAUUUGAUCUUCCACAUGUUGUUGCUGACUUGCAAGGAAGUGAAAACAUAAAAUAUGUUGGAGGGGACAUGUUUGAGGCAAUUCCUCCAACCGAUUCCAUUUUAUUGAAGGGUGUAUUACAUGAUUGGAACGAUGAAGAAUGCUUGAAAAUACUGAAGAAAUGCAAGGAGGCAAUCUCAAGAAAAGGUAAAAAAGGAAAGGUGAUCAUCAUCGAUGUAGUGAUCAGGAAUGAGAAGGAAGAUAGCGAGUCUUUUGAAACAAAGCUCUUCUAUGAUUUGGCAAUGAUGACAUUAGUCGAUGGGAAAGAGAGAAAUGAGAAAGAAUGGGCCAAACUUUUUUUCUCAGUAGGCUUCAGUGACUACAAGAUAAGUCCAGCAUUAGGCUUCAAAUCUCUCAUUGAGGUUUAUCCGUAAGUAUAUAUUCCGUGUUGACAAAGUGAUGACAAGGGGCCACAUUAUCAUUAAAAUAUCAAUUAAUGUGAUUUGAUAAAAUCAAUGGAGAAAGACACAAAGAAAAAUACGGUCAAAAUAAAUUGUAAGAAAAGUGAAAUGUGAAGAUAUCAUCCCUCUAAAAAAAUGGAUCAUAAUGGGAGUGGUUAGCAACUAAUAUUUUCACGUUAUUAAUUAUCUAAAUUUUGCUUCAAUUGAUUUGCUUUGUGAGUUACUUAUAAAGUAAAGGAGUUGUUUAACUGUUGUUAAUUUUUUUUGAGUUAAAUUAUCGUAGUUUUAGAUAGAUCAAUAAUAUUUAAGAUUUAAGAUUAGAAAUUUCAUUUAUCUUAAAUAUAUUAGUCUACCUAGGAUUAUGGUGAUUUAAUCUAGUUUUUUUAAUCAUUUAGACAUGUCACUGUCAACUCACUCCCACUCCCACACCCAACCAUAAUCACAUUACUUUGUGUUCUUUGAAGCUUUUCUUUUUGGGGUCUAAUCUUAAGGCUAAAUUUUUCUCUUUGGGUCUCUUCACACUUUUAGUGCCCCAAAAGUCCAUUUUUUAUUUGUUCUUUCUUCCAAAGCUUGCAAAUGUAUCAAUUAUAUAUGUGAUUUGAUCAACAGAAAAAAGGGUCCCAUUAGACAAUUAUCUACUUUAAUUUGCUCCAAUUAUUAAGGCAACACCUAGUGUUCAUUGUGUAGUGGAAAGAAUUAUAUAGUCAAUCACAAUCAUCAUUAAGAGGCUUAAGAAAAAAGAAGACUAAAAAUUCAGUUGUUGGAGUUAUACUGUGGCAGCUCCUUUUCUCUACAGUUGUACAGUUUAAAUGGCAUGAUGUUUUGUUUUCUUGUUUUAGUUUUGCUUACAAUUAUCAAAUGCAAUCUCAAUUUUCUUGCCGGCAA